UAUUCAAUAUUAUUUGACAAGUAUCUUGCACAAAUUUAUGGAAAGAUUUUGUGAGUUAACGAAAGUUUUUUAAAUUAUUACUUGAAAACGUUAGUUGAUGUUUUCAUGAUUGCGUUUAACAUAUUUGUCGAUAUUAAGAUUGAGAAAAGAAAAAUAUGUCAAUGAACCGAGUUAGUCGAAAAUCUCGAGUAAUGUCGCAUACUCUAUUACGAUCAACAAUCUCUGUAUUUAAGGUUAUGUCUUUGGGAUCGGAUAUUUUUCCACCAAUCAAAUGUAAUCAAAAGAAAAUCAAUUCCUUUAUAAUUCUUCAUUAUUCUGUAUACAAAGCAAUUUGGGAUUGGUUCAUUUUACUUUUAGUGAUGUAUACAGCUAUAGCGACUCCUUACAUGGUGACGUUUUUAUCAGGAACAAAUAAACUGCUGACUUUGAUUGAUACUGUUAUUGACUUCAUUUUUUUAAUUGAUAUAUUAUUGAACUUUCGAACUUCUUUUGUGGAUUCAAGCAACGAGGUUGUUUACAACCCUUAUCGAAUUGCUAAAAAUUAUUUAAAAGGGUGGUUCAUUUUGGAUUUUUUGGCAGCUUUUCCUUUUCAACUUAUCUGUUUGAUAUUAAAAACCAAUCAGACAACUGUUUUGAUCAGUUUGGGCAAGUCAGCUCGUUUGCGUCGAUUAGUUCGAAUAACCCGUAAGGUGGACAUGUAUUCGGAAUAUAACAUAGCAUUGUUAUUACUUCUUGUUUUUGGAUUUACAUUGAUAGCUCACUGGUUUGCGUGUUUAUGGUAUGCAAUUGGAGUUAAAGAAUGUACAUCUCAAAAUAAUCUUGGUUGGUUAGCAAAGCUCAAUAAUGAUUUAAAUAAUACUUACAACAGAACGGAAGGACUCGAUUUGACAACUACUUAUUUAACAGCAUUAUAUUUUACAUUAAGCAGUAUGACAAGUGUAGGAUUUGGAAACGUUUCUGCAAAUACAAAUAUUGAAAGACUUUUUACAAUUAUAAUAAUGCUUGCAGGAGCUCUAAUGUAUGCUAUCAUAUUUGGCAAUAUUACUGCAAUUAUUCACAGAUUGUAUUCUGGUUUGGCUCGUUAUCACUCUACAAUGCGUCGGGUUCGACGGUUUAUUCGUUUUUAUCAAAUUCCGUCACCUUUACGUCAGCGAUUGGAAGAUUACUCUCAAUACGAUUAUUCGUAUACUAAUGGCAUUGAUAUGAACGAGAUAUUAAGUCAUUUUCCAGAGGGUCUUCAAGCAGAGGUUUGUCUUCAUUUGAAUAGAAACUUAUUUGCAAGAAAUUUAGCUUUUCGUGGUGUCCCUCCUGGUUGUUUACGUACUCUAUCUCUUAAGUUAAAAACAACUAGAUACACACCCGGCAACUAUAUUAUUCAUUACGGAGAUGAGAUAGUCAACCUUAUGUGGAUUGAACGUGGCACUUUGGAAGUAUUACAAGGAGAUAAAGUUAUUUUCGUCUUAGGAAAAUGUGAUUCGUUUGGUGAAAAUUUUGGAGCAGUGUACGAUCGUCUUGUAGGUAAAUCAUGCGCAAGUGUACGUGCACUUACAUACUGCGACAUCCAAUCUAUUUCACGUGAAGAUAUGUUAUCAUCUAUGCGCGCAUAUCCUGAAUUUCAUCGAAGUUUUAAUAGAAACUUUAAAGUUUCAUUCAAUUUGAGAGAUUUAGAACUUGAAGAAAAAGAUCUCAGUAGCUCUUUGUGCAAUUUAAGUCAACAACGUCAAGAUGUUCUUGAAAAAUUGAAGCAAAAAAACUCCAUUAAAUCAAACACCAAAAAAUUUAAUAAAAAAACCAAUUGCCGCAUUGAUAAUUCUCUAAAUAGAGAGGUAAACAGAGAUUCAGUGAUCAGCGCUGAUUCUGUUAUGAGCGACUAUUCAUUAGCUUCAAAACUUGUGUCUUCCCAAAAUUUGUUUUCUGGUCAUUCGAUUUAUGUUACUGACCAUUCAACUUAUGAAGAAAAUCCGUUAAAUAAAGAAAAUGGUAAUUUUUAUCCUUCUUUACGCGAAAAACAAAAGGAAAAGGAACUGGAUCAAUUAAGACUUUGGUUGGACAAUUUUGAAAAGGCAAAAGGAGACAUUUUGGCAAUAUUAAAAUUGUUAAAGUUUGAGAGUGAAAAAAUUUCCUUGAAAAAUAGCAGAAGCUUUAAAGCAUCGUUGGAGGUUCCAAAGAAACGUAAAAAAUCAAUUUAAGAAUUUAGUUCAACGUAACAAAACAAAAGUAUUACCUAUUUCACUUGGUUAUAAUAAAAGCAGGUACAAAUUCCUCGGCUCACGCGCUCGUAUUAUUCUGAAUAUAACAAAUUUUUUUUAGAAAGUUUUAAAU